GGUGUUUGGCGCGCCGUACAAAGUGUCCGAUACUAUCGGGUUGCGAGGGACUUCUGGAAGCCGUAUCUUAUUGGCGCUAUUUUUGGGCGAGUAUUGCGCUGUGACCAGCCUACUCUUUCUAUUAUCAGACUUUAAUCAGCCUAGAUAGCAAGAUGAACAAGCUAUUGCAGUCUAUUUCUGACAAGUUGAAACAUUUGGAAUCAAUCGCAACACCAGAUGCAGUAAACUAUGUUGAAGCAUGCCUCAAAGUACAGAAUAAACAGUUGUUGCACAGAAUAAAGUCGUUAAAAGAAUCAGUUAUUCAGCAGGAGCUACUUCUUGGAUUAAAUCAACAACAACUUCAUCAUUUACCCUCUGUUAAGGCUGUAUCCAAUGGUUCUAAUUUGAAUGGAAAUUCACUGGAAAUCGGACAUUUGUCCGAUAAAGGAUUAGUGCCGGAAGCAGAGCAACCCAAACAGAGGACAGAGGUACAAACGGACUCGGUGAAAACUAAAAAUCGGAAUACCGAACGUAAAAUGCCAGAUGGAAAACCACAAUCUGCUGAAAAGCCUGUUGAUAUUGGUCGUCUGGAUCUGCGUGUCGGUCGAAUUAUAGAUGUAAAUCGCCAUCCUGAUGCUGACUCUUUAUACGUAGAGAAAGUUGACUUGGGUGGAAAUGAAAUACGCACUGUUGUCAGUGGGUUGGUGAAAUAUCUACCUAUCGAGUCACUACAAAACCGAGUCGGGAUAUUUCUCUGCAAUCUCAAGCCAGCAAAAAUGCGUGGUGUUGAAUCGGAAGCAAUGCUAAUGUGUGCAAGCUCUCCAGAUACAUGUGGAGUAGAGCCUCUGAUUGUUGAGGGCCCAGAUAUACAGUUAGGUGAUUCAGUUGUGGUUCCUGGAUAUAAUCACGAUCCUGAUGACCAACUUAAUCCCAAAAAGAAAAUUUUUGAACAAGUGAAACCAGAUCUUAGAGUAAAUGAAAACGGGAUCGCUAUGUAUAAAAAUGUUUCAUGGACACUAAAAGGGUCUUCUCUUGCUGUGAUUAAAUCACUCAGGGUCAAAGACGCUCAAAUAGCUUAGUUGCUAACUAUACCCUUUUUAAAAUAUGCUAAUAAUUAUAUAUAAUGUUUUCGGGAAUUAUUUUUCUUGUUAUAAUCCAACUACUCGGAACUUCUGGAAGAUGAGUCAUAAGUAAAUCCUUUAGAAUUGCAGGAAGAUCCUCAGUAGCAAGUAGCUUCUGUCAAAUGUUGCUUUAAAAUCCGGUGAUAUACGUUUUAAUUGAUUCAAUUUGGUUUAAAGCAUACAUUUUCAGCGACGUAAUAUUAACGAAGAGACAUUGAUGUGUCAUAGUUCAUUUCCAAAUGAAAUUCAAUAGGGUUUUCGCUUUUGUGAGUUUUACAUUACACUUCAUUUACUCAUUGAGUAUCAUCAGAGCAGUUACAUUUCCACUAUAUUUCAGUUAUUUAGAAAUUCCUAUAGAAUGUUCAUAAAAACAUUUUGACGAACAACUGCUUUCAGUAAUACUUGUUGUAGACUCUACAGUUAAAAAUCUACAAGUAUUGUGUUACGACGGAUAGCAUACUAGGGAAUGCACUUAAGUUUCCCGUUGAUUUAUCCGAUGUUAUCAAUUGAAAAUAAUAGGUUUUACACCGGUCGUCUCAAGUAUUAGCGAAAGACGUCGAUAGUGAAGUUAAAACAUCUCACAAAAAGUAAGAAAUCAUUUUUUUACUUAUCUUUAGCUUCUCAGUCCUAAUCGGUAGUUCACAAUCGCACGACAAAAGUUGACACUUUCUAGGGGAGAUGUAUCAUUAGUUAUUGUAGCAAUUAUGAUAGCAACAAUUAUCAAUAGGUAUAUCAUGUUACUUACUUAAGCCUGUCACCCCUAGUGGAGGAGCAUAGGCCGCUCACCAUCAUUCUCCAACUCUGUCCUGAGCACUCCUUUCCAGUUGCUAUUCAUAUCUGCUUUCGAUUCUCGACGUGGUAUGUUCGUUGUUCUUUCUCUUUUCCGUUUCCCUUCAUGAUGCAGUUUGGUGAUUUCAUCAAUGUGUGUCCUAUCCACUUCCAGAGUCUUCCCCUAAUUUUCUCCUUAUCUGUAAGCUGGUUUGGCCUCUCCCACAAUAGACUGUUGCUGAUGGUAUUCGGCCAACAGAUAUUGAUUGUCUUGCGUGGACAACUGUCUGUAAAUACAUGUACCUUUUUGAUGAUGUUUGUGGUAGAUCUCCAAGUUUCAGGUCUAUUCAAUAGAACUGUCUUGCCAUUCAUAUUGAAGAUUCUGACUUUGAUAUUGGUUGACGGUUGUUUUGAGUUCCAUAUGUUCUUCAAUUUUAGGAAUGCGGCCCUCGCUUUGCCGAUUCUCGCCUUUAUGUCUGCAUCAGAUCCUUCAGAUGGUAUGUUUUCAGGUUCUACUGCUUUCCAACCCUUGAUUUAUCUGAUGGCUAAUCUAAUUUCUUCCGUCGUUGGUGGAGUGUCAUCUCUAUUUACUGCUUCGAUGUUCAGUGGAUUCAAUGGAGCUGGUCUAUUCAAAAGUUCCUCGAAGUAUUCUACCCAUCUGUUCUUCAAUCUUGGUGGUUGUCUUCCUUCAGUGUCCUUGACCGGUCUCUCUGGUUUACUAUAUUUCCCUGUCAGUUUCUUCGUUGUGUCGUAUGGUUGUCUUUUAGCUUUUUCCGCUGUCGUUGCUAGAUCUUCCACGUAUUUUUGCUAGUCGUGUCUAAUGCUUUUCACUUCUUUGCUUCUGUGUAUUGAGCUUGUGCCUUAACUUUCUUUGUUCUUGUUCGACUGUUUUUGAUUGCUGUCUUCUUGCUCAUCCUUGCUUGAGUCUUGUCUGGGGUUUCGAUGGAGGUCUAUUUAUUAUGAUGAUGCCUCUUGCGGACCAGCACAUUCUGACACGUUUAAGUCAGCAUUUCUUCAAUCCCUUUCUGGUUGUCCUCCUUAGUAGUUUCUUCUUUCAGCAGAUCCUGUAAGGCUUGGAACCUGUUGUUGAGAAUUAUCUUGAAUUCGUUGAGUUUGCCAGUUUCUCUUAUGAACGCUGUACCGAACCUUUGUAAUGUUUCUCUAACUCCGCCUGGAGCCCCUCUGGGACCAUUGCCGGCUCCGAGCCCGGACAAAGGAGGAGGGUUAGGCAUGGGGUUAGCGAUUACAUCCCGUAGAAAACUAACUGGCUAAAAAGUCGCUACCCAGAAAAAUAAAUGUUUCUCUAGUUGUCCACCACCAGGUGGUGGUGUAAAGCUAUAUCAGUCCCUCUCCGGGUUCUCACGUGUUCCAUUGAUCUUCUGAAUUUUUUAGUGAUGCGAAUAUGACCGAUCUUAUUCCCUGUAGUGUGAUCCGAUUGGACUCGUGUCAUUGUGUAUGUGUUUGUGUACGAAAGUACUGCCGCCUACAACCAACUUGUUGAAUGCACAUAGGUUUACAAAUCUGUCACCAUUCUCGUUUCUUUCUCCCUGUCACUCCAUGUCAUCCCAUGAUAUCUUCAUAACCGUUUAUGUCCAUUCCGAC